AUGGACGCUUACGUCAAACACUUCCCACAAAACAAUCGUUUCUUAGUUAGCCGCGUAGUUUCCGGAUCGAUCCCGAUGGAGGUGUUGUUGAAGUAUCCGCGACGGGACGCAAGGGUGCUCCCUCAACAACACAUCCAGAAUGGUCCCUACACGGUCACCAAUGCAUUCGAAAAUGCCUCCAUCACAACUUUUACUGGAACUUACUCGCCAGGAAUGAAAUUGGAAAUUCAAAUGUGCACAACUUUUCCCGGGAGUCAAUGGUUUUCCAAAUUGCCGGCAAAGGAGAGAGCAAGAAAAAAUUUUUUGAAACAAUUUUGUGGGAUUUUCGGCUUUACAUUAUAUUUUUGUAUUUCUCGUUUCAGUCGAAUGCAUAAUAAUAAUGGAAACUCUUUUAUUUCAAUCAAAGUCAAUCUAAUGAAUGGAAGAAAAUAG